UAGAAGAGUUUUGUUUCUUCAUUCGUAGUUUCACCACAGGAAACAAGAUUCGCGAGCAUGAAUAUACACGAAGUAGUGCUGACGUGUUAAUGAAUAUUCACGAUUCUAGCACACCUCCAAACCUCUCAGCAUGAGCGCGUGCAUUUACCUCACAGAAGAAUAAAGUACAGCCCAGUUAUGUUGUCUUCCAGCAGCUCGGCAGGGUGCCAGAGUCAACUGUAUAAUGCCAUACGUUCAUAUCUGCACAAUCAGAACAGAGAACAGCCCAUCAUUGGUCUGAACUCCAUCACUGAGGUGUUGACGCACUGUCAGCCUGCACUGUACUUUUGUGAUGUCUGCUUUUUGAGAAUAACCAAGCCUGACAUCAGAAACCACAUCAUGGGCAGCAUUCACAGAUACAAUUACAUAAAAUAUUACCAUGCAUGUGGGUGGAGAGCUUACACAGACCUGACUCUUCUGGCUCGGCCUCUCAUGGAUAUCGCAAAAAUGGUUGAAAAGAGGGAGGGAACAGGUGAUGUACAGGUUCUGUGUGUGGAUGAACUCAUCUACAACACGAUGACAUCAUUGCCUGUCACUGAUGCUUUUGCUCAGAUGACGACAAUUAAGAAUCAGCGAAACAGCCCUUCUGAAGGGCAGCGAGAGUCAGGAUACACAGAUGGGACUGCACAACUUCUAUCUUCAGGAUGUUUGUUCCCGACACAAUCUGGAUCUACAGCACCAAAUAUGAUUGAACCUCAAACAGUCUCAACCAAUCCAACACUAAACGCAUCGCCCCCUAGAACCGCAGGUCCUGUCAAACCAUUUCUCAGAUGCCAGGAGGCAUCUACACAUCAGAGUCUUGUGGAUUCCCAUGUUUCAUCUACAAUAUCUUGUCUAGAAAGCUCCCCAUCUCCAGCCUUCAGCCAACACGUAAAUCAGGAUCAACCUCUGAUCGCAGACAGAAAUCAGGGUCUACAACGAUAUGUGAUGCCAUCUGAAAACCACUCUCUAACUGAAACGAGGACAAUCACUGUCGUAAGACCACCAAGACAGUGGAGCCCCAUUAGAUUUGCUUUCCAGAAUGACACUUUGCAUGCUAGUGAAGAAGAUGGGAAUAAUGUCAUGCAUUCAUUUGGAGUCAGCUAUGAAGCACAUCCUCUGCAUCUGGCCCAAACCCCGCCUUAUGAAGCCCAGCGGCAAACACCAGUGAGCAACAUGGUACCAGAGAUAACCCAGAGUCUAACAAGCAGGCAUAGAUUUUUCAUAAAUGAAAGCUCACCUGAUAAUCCAGAGCCUGUCAGGAAUGUGGAGAUUACCAGUGUUAUCAAGCUCAUCAGAACCCAGAUGCUAACAAAAGCAUUGGAACCCGCUGCAACGCACGAUUCAAAUCAGUGGAAUGAUGAGGCGAAUCCAAAGGAACCAAUCGCCAUCAACCGGGUAGCAUGUGUGGAGGCUCAAUCAGACAACUUUGAAGAAGAGGACAUCUUUCUGUUCUCACAAAACCCAAUUGCCCAGUCCCCUCUUGCUCAGACUCAAAGCUCUUCUGAUCGAGUUGAAUCCCUUGAGGAUUUUCUAGAAAACUACAAGGGUCGAAAGCCUCUUAUCGGUCUACAAGCUGUUAUCAAGUGCCAGAGUGUGGACGGGUAUCCACCUCCAUGCUGUUACCUGUGUCAGUUGUGUGCUUUGAAGCUGAAGAAGAAUAAAAUAUUCCGCCACUUGACUAGCUUUGACCACCGGCGAAACUACCUAAAAGUUCUCCACCCGCAGCUCCUGCCUAUAAAGCGUAAACGCUGCAACACAAAUGAGAUGCUUGAGGAUAUUGCUAUUCAGCUGGAGAAAGAGGACGGAAGAGGACAAAUAAAGGUGAUGAGGUUGUCCGCAUGUCUCAUAAGCGAUGUACUGCUCAAGGAUUAUCAAUGGUGUAUGAAUGUGUUGAACUGUGGAGCUGGUGUGGAGUGGAGAUCAGAUCUGCUGUCUUUCAAGGAUAGAACUGACAAAACCACAGGUCCCAGUCAGACUCUUAAACGCCCAGCCGAGUCUCUGCGGCCCCCUUCUGAGAAAUGGCCUAUUAAAGCUCAUGAUGGACCUCCAACUCAUCAGAUGGCCAAAAAAAUGAAGAAUGACCAUCCUAAGCAUGUCAUGAGCACUAACAAAGUAAAGAACCCUGUGUUUAAGGUAAGCCUGUCUCUGCAGGAGGGACCCGUCGUGAUUGAGAGAACUUCUCUAAGAGACACGGUCACAGUGGCGCCUGAGAUCGAAGGCCAAAGCCGUGCGUCAACAUGUGUGGAUGAUGAUGAAGGUGAUGUGACGAACACACAUCCUGAGGGACGCCCACACACAAUACACUGCGAGAAUACACAGCAGCAGUAUCCUGAAGGAGAUGUGCUCGCUCAGACGGACAUUCCCACACACACGGAGGUGGUCUCACACAUAGACAGCCGUAUGUUUGAGGAUCAGUUCAUGAAUCCGGCUCAAUAUGCGUACUCAGGGCAGUUUGACCAAUCUCAAGGCAUUCAAAAGAUUGACCCCUAUAUCAGACCUAAGGACUGUGGUGCGGCGGUGGAGGAGGUGGUCCCCAUCACGUAUGCUGAUUGGCCGGGGCAGGACUGGUCCUUCUAUAACAACGAAUGGAUUGCGAUGAGGCAAAACCAGUAUGGAAGUGAUCAUCGUUGGUGUGAAGGUUACAUGCAGUACUGAUGAGAAUGAGUCUUCCAGCACUUAAGCGUCAGGAACAAAGAGUUUGAGCAUGUUUUUGAGAAGUUUUUGCAUCAGAAUUCAGUCCAAACUGUAUGUCUUUUUUUUCUUUUCUUUUUUAAGCAGAUUUUGUGCC